UUGAACGAAUAUUAGAAAGUGGACAGUUCUUGCAGGGGAAAUUUCCUUGUUGCUUCUUCCAGGGAGAUUUAUAUUGCACAGCAAUAUUACCACCACCACCACCACUUCCUGUAGAUGCACUCGGCUGUCCAUCUCUCUUCAAUUUAUUUCCUUUCCUACCUCCAUCUCAAUUUCCUCUCUUCCUACGACUUUGUUGUGGGAAUUUUCAGUGUCAUUGUUCUGCUACUUUCAUUGCCAUUUGUCACUUCUCUCUGCCUGUGAUCCAUUUUCCGGUAACUGAAUAUGAUCAACUACUUAAACUGAGUUACCUGGACUGUAAGAUCAAAUCAAAUUGUCAAAUAUGUGUUGACACGGUCAAAUAUCUGACCGGACACCCAAUUUGCAGCAACUGUUCUUCCUAUGGCAUUGAGCACCCAAAGAGCCUCUGCAUCUUUUCUUUCGAAUGAAUCAGCUUCUUUAUGGAAGUAUGAUGUGUUUUUGAGUUUCAGGGGUGUAGACACCCGCAGGGGCUUUGUAUCCCAUUUACACCAUGAAUUGUCCAAGUGCCAAGGAAUUACGACUUUCAUGGACGAUCGAGAGCUUAAAGGAGGAACAAGUAUUCAUCUUGAGCUCCCAAGUGCGAUCAAAGAAUCGCAUAUUGCAAUUGUUGUUCUCUCACCGAACUAUGCUUCUUCCAAAUGGUGCUUGGACGAACUUACAACCAUUCUUCGAUGCAUGGAAUCCAGGAACUCAGUUCUGCCGGUCUUUUAUCAGACAGAUCCAUCUGACGUCGGAAAUCAACGGGGAUGUUUUGCCGAAGCCUUUACGAAGCAUGAACAAAAUUCGAGCAGUACCGAAGAUAAAGAGAGGGUGGUCCAAUGGAAAGCUGAUCUAAAAAAAGUGUCCAAAAUUUGUGGUUGGCACUCGAAGGAAUCUAAGAGUGAAAGUGAGAUUAUACAACAACUCGUCAAAAGUGUGUGGAGGAAAGUGCAAGCUACAUUCCCGUUGUUAGAUUCCUCACAGGAAUUAGUUGGGGUUAAUUUUGGUCUUGGGCAAAUAAGUUCGUUGUUAGCUCAUGAUGUCAAUGAUGUUCGCUUUAUAGGGAUAACGGGGAUGGGUGGCAUUGGUAAGACAACCCUUGCUAAGCUUGUUUAUGAUAGAAUCUUCCAUCAUUUUGAAGUUCACUGCUUUCUUGAAAACGUUAGAGAGGCUUCUACAGCAGACCCUACUCUAAUUCGUCUUCAAGAAACACUUCUUUCACCGAUGUUGAAAGAAAAGAUUCUUACGCAACAAUGGGGAAUCAAUUACACCAAGAGAUGCUUACGGAACAAAAAGGUUCUUCUUGUACUUGAUGAUGUGGAUCACAUAAACCAACUAAAAGUACUAGCUGGAAAGGACGAGUGGUUUGGCAUGGGAAGCAGAAUUAUCAUUACAACUAGAAAUGAACGUCUGCUAGUCGAGCAUGGCAUAAUAUUAUGUCAUAAUGUUGAGGUGUUAAAUGAUGAUGAAGCUCUUGCACUGUUUAGCCUGCAUGCCUUUAAGAAAAAUAUGCCCGAGGAUGGGUUUUUGGAACUGUCCGAGUGUUUCGUUAAAUAUGCUGGAGGCCUUCCAUUAGCUCUUAAAACUUUUGGGUCGGCAUUGUUUAAGAGAGGGCUAGAUUUUUGGAAUAGUAAACGGGAUAAUCUGUCAAAAAUUCCUAAUACAGAAAUUAUUCAUAAACUUAAAAUAAGUUAUGAUGAACUAGAAGAGAUGGAGAAGAGCAUUUUUCUUGACGUUGCAUGUCUCCACAAAGGGAAGUACAGAAUGGAAGUAAUUGAAAUACUAGAUAUUUCUUUUGGAAUUUCUAGUAGUACUAUGAUAGAUGUACUAAUUGAGAGAUCUCUCCUCUAUCAAGAUCACAACAAAUAUAUAUGGAUGCAUGACUUGAUACAAGAUAUGGCACGUGAAAUUGUUCGUCAAGAGUCUAAAGAGCCUGGUCAGCGCAGUAGGUUGUGGCUUUACGAUGACAUCGAUCAGAUAUUUAGGAAGAAUAAGGGAACAACAUCAAUUGAAGCCAUAUCCUUACGCUUGUCCAACGUAGAAGAGGUGCCCCAGUGGAAUUGCGAAGCCUUCUCUAAGAUGGAGAGAUUGAGGACUUGCCCAACUUGAAACAUAUUGAUCUUAGAUGCUCCAAUAAAUUGAAGAAUACCCCAGAUUUCAAUGGUCUUCCAAAUCUUGAGAACUUGAAGCUUUCCGCUUGUAAGAAUUUAGUUGAGAUACAUCCGUCUAUUGCAGUCCUCAAAAGACUUAAAGUUUUGCAUCUUGAUGGCUGUGAAAGCAUUAAAAGCCUCCCAAGUAAGGUUGAAAUGGAUUCUCUUGUAGAAUUCAAUCUUGGUGGCUGCUCAAAUGUGAAAACGAUUCCAGAAUUUGGGGAGCAGAUGAAGAAUUUAUUCGCGCUCACAUUAGACUACACUGCGAUCGAGAAAAUACCUUCAUCAAUUGGACAUGCGGUUGGCCUUAGGUAUUUUAGUCUACGGAAAUGCAAAAAUCUCUUGUACCUUCCAAGGGCUAUUUGUAAUUUGAAGUCUCUUUACCAUCUCGAUGUGAUUGGAUGCUCAAAGAUUGACAAACUCCCAGAAGACAUGGAUCACUUAUCGUGGCUUAAAGUGGGACCCACUAUGACAAAGCCGUUUGUGGGUAUGAAAAAUCUCGAAGCUCUAAUAUGUACGAGAAAUUAUGACAUGGUUUCGAUGAGUAAUGUUAAAGCCACUUGUGGAUCAGAUGGUACAGCAAGGGAUGGGUGGGGCCUUCGCCACUUAUUUGGACUUGAAAAAAGUCCCCCUGAUCCUCCUCUUUGUUGGCAUUUGGUGUUGUCUUCUCUAAAUCGUUUAUGCUCCUUGACAUUCUUAGAUCUAUGUGAUUGUAAUCUCCAGGAUGGGGAUCUCCCUGAUGAUAUUGGCUGCUUGUCCUUAUUGACAACAUUGUAUCUCAGCAGAAAUAAUUUCGUCAGUCUACCUGAAAGCAUUAGACACCUUUCUAAGCUUGGGGGUCUUCAUCUGGAGGGGUGUAAAAGCCUUCAAAAAUUGCCACCUCUUCCAUCAAACAGAGGAUUAACGGUAAAUCUGGACAAUUGCACUUCCUUACGAAGUUUGUCAGGUACAUUCAAUUUGUAUUUUGCUAGUGUCACUUGCUGGAAUUGCAUUGCAUUGGUUCUAGAUGAAGACUUGAUUAAUAGGUUUCUGAAAUCUGUCAUUCAGGGAUCGAAAAUUGUAAUCCCUGGAAGUGAAAUUCCAAAGUGGUUCAAUAAUCAGAGUGUGGGACAUUCAAUAAAUGUGGAGCUUCCUCCACCAUCAUGUACCAACUGGCUUGGGAUUG